AUGGGGCUCGAGGGAGCUCGCCGGAGUGAUGGAGACAGCGGCGCGGCGGCCGGAGGAGAGGAGGAGAGGAGCUCGGGCACGCGGUGGAGGGGCGUGGCGCCAGCGAGAUCCGGCGGAGGCGGAGAGGCGACAGAAGGCGGCGGCGCACGGCGACCUGCGGGCGGCGACGGGCGCCCGGCAGGGCGCGGCGGCGCCAGCGCCGGAGGGGACGGCGAGGCGGCGGGGCUGGCGCGGGAGGCGGAGGGAGCGGGCGAGGCGGCGAACGGGCUCGAGGGCCCGCGGCGGGCCUGGCGGGCCGGCGGCGCGGGGGCGGCGGACGCGGAGCGGCUGCGGGGCAGCGGCGGCUUCGUCCGGCAGCGCCGGAGGGCGAGAAGAAAAAGUCAACCUCCGGUGCUCGAUUGGAUCUGGCCGGGGCGCGAGCUCGACGGGGCGGCUCGCCGGAGCAGCGGACGGCGGCGGCCGGCGACGGGACGGAGAGGAGGCGUCGGGGUCGGGGAAGGAGUACGGCGGUCGCCGGCGGAGCCGUGGGCGCGGGCGGCGGCGGUGGUCGGGGUCCGGCAAGCGGAGGACGGCGGCGGCGCCGGUCGGCGAGGCGCGGCGGCGCCGUCGACGAUGGCGGUGGAGGCCGGGCGGCGACCGGCGUCGGCGUGGAGGAAGAAGGAGGCGGGGCCCGCGGGCGAGGAGACGGGCUCGGGGGGCCUCCCGCGGGCGCUCCGGGCCGGCGGCGCGGGGCUGCCCGGGGUGCCACGUGGCACUCUGCGAGUGGGCGAGGGGGGCGGCAGAGUCACGCUCCAAGGACUUGUACUUCUCGACAAAGUCCUGGAGCUCUUGCUGCACCUCACCAACUCGGGCCUCUUGUUUCUCGCGCUCGGCGCGCUCCGUGGCCGCCUUGCCUUCGACUUCGGAUAG